CUGCAGCCGCCAGCCCGUUAUCCCAGCUGCCCGCAUCCUCGCCCCGCAGCAUCCUCGGCUGCGCAGCCCGCGCCGGGGCUCGGGGAAUGGCCAGACUCCCAGCCAGCGAGCCCAGGCGGCCGGCGCAGCCCCAGCAGCCGCCUCGCGCCUCCCCCAUGAGCAGCGGCGGCGGCAGCAGCUCUGAGCCCGAGGGCAUGAAGGACCUGGAUGCCAUCAAGCUGUUUGUGGGCCAGAUCCCCCGGAACCUGGAGGAGAAAGACCUGAAGCCCCUCUUCGAGCAGUUCGGCCAGAUCUACGAGCUCACCGUGCUCAAAGACCGCUACACCGGCAUGCACAAGGGGUGCGCGUUCCUUACAUACUGUGCCCGAGAUUCCGCCAUCAAAGCCCAGACAGCCCUGCAUGAACAGAAGACGCUCCCGGGGAUGGCACGGCCAAUCCAGGUGAAGCCUGCGGACAGCGAAAGCCGUGGAGGGGACAGGAAACUCUUUGUGGGCAUGCUGAAUAAACAGCAGUCGGAGGACGACAUUCUGCGGCUUUUUGAACCAUUUGGAGUAAUCGACGAAUGUACAGUGCUCAGAGGGCCGGAUGGGAACAGCAAAGGCUGCGCCUUUGUUAAAUUCCCUCCUUCCUACACACGGGAGGCCUCAAGCUUCGCAAUCCGCCCUCCACGGCAGGUAGUUUCUCAAACUAUGCCUGUGAAGGCGCUUCCUCCAGCCUUGUGGGUGAAGAAUUUGCCCGACCACUCUGGGAUAAGUGGAACGGACUCUUCGCGGAUGCAGCAAAUGGUGGGGCAGCUGGGGAUCCUGACGCCGUCGCUGGCUUUGCCGUUCAGCACAUACAGCACCUAUGCACAGGCUCUGAUGCAGCAGCAGACAGUCCUCUCGGCUUCCCACGGCAGCUUCGUGAGCCCCAGCCUCACCUUCUCCCCGUGUCACAUCCAGCAAAUCGGCACGGUCAGCUUAAACGGCCUGCCGGCCACACCUAUCACUCAAACCUCAGGCUUACAGUCUCCUCCCCUUUUGGGAACAACUGCAGUCCCCGGGCUGGUCACGCCGAUUGCCAACAGCUUCACCGGAGUGGUGCCUAUCUCUAAUGGCCAUCCGACCCUGGAGGCAGUUUAUGCUAAUGGGCUCAUGCCCUGCACAGCCCAGAACCCUUCAGUAGCAGAGACUUUACAUCCAGCGUUCACCGGAGUGCAGCAGUAUGCAGCCGUGUACCCAGCGACGACCAUCACCCCACUAGCUCAGGCGAUUCCGCAGCCCCUGCCAAUUCUUCAGCACCAGCAACGAGAAGGACCUGAAGGCUGCAACCUCUUCAUCUAUCACCUCCCUCAAGAGUUUGGGGACAACGAACUCAUGCAAAUGUUUCUUCCUUUCGGGAACAUCAUCUCUUCCAAAGUGUUCAUGGACCGGGCCACAAACCAGAGCAAAUGUUUUGGUUUUGUGAGUUUUGACAAUCCAUCCAGUGCCCAAACGGCCAUCCAAGCCAUGAAUGGUUUCCAGAUUGGCAUGAAGAGAUUGAAGGUGCAGCUGAAGCGGCCCAAGGAUGCCAGCCACCCCUACUGAUGGAGGUCUGUGAUUGUGGUGGACUAUUUGCUCCCACAGGUGAAAGUAACCUUCCUCUUCCACUUAAUUUCUUUCGGUUUUAAAGAAGAGACCCAAAAACUAUUAUCCCCCACCUUUUGGGGGGGGGGGCAGGGGAGAAAAUUCCAUCUGCUGGGAACAAACCCCCCACCCCCUGGACAUUUCAGGACCACGGACAGCCCCCCCAGUUAGGAAUGGGGCACGCGGGCCAAUCAAACGACUCGGAUGCACCUCUCUGCAGCCACCAAACACUGACUUAUAUUUAAAAUAUAUGUAUAUACAUAGAAAAUUCUAUAUAUAUGAUAUUGUUAUUAUAU